GUCCCCUGUUUGAGUCAGAUCUAGGGACCAUGCCGUUCCAGGUUCAAGGAUAAAACCCAUCAGGCCCAACUGCCAUCAUCUUCCACCUUCAGUGCCUUCCUCCACAAUUGGGAUUCACCCCUGCUGAAAAGUGCAGUCUGACAGCAAGGGAACAAAAAACAAACUAUGCUAUCACACAGUGCCAUGGUGAAGCAAAGGAAACAGCAAGCAUCAGCCAUCACGAAGGAAAUCCAUGGACACGAUGUCGACGGCAUGGAUCUGGGCAAGAAAGUUAGCGUCCCCAGAGACAUCAUGAUAGAAGAAUUGUCCCAUUUCGGUAAUCGCGGUGCCAGACUGUUUAAGAUGCGUCAAAGAAGAUCUGACAAAUACACCUUUGAAAAUUUCCAGUACGAAACAAAAGCACAAAUCAAUCACAAUCUUGCCAUGCAGAAUGGGAGAAUUGACGGAAGUAACCUGGAAGGUGGUUCACAGCAAGCUCCCUCAACUCCUCCUAACACCCCGGAUCCACGAAGCCCCCCAAAUCCGGAGAACAUUGCACCAGGAUAUUCUGGACCCCUGAAGGAAAUUCCUCCUGAAAGAUUUAACACGACGGCUGUUCCUAAGUACUACCAGUCUCCCUGGGAGCAGGCCAUUGGCGACGAUCCAGAGCUCCUGGAAGCUUUGUACCCGAAACUUUUCAAGCCUGAAGGAAAGGCAGAACUGCCAGAUUACAGGAGCUUUAACAGCUGGGGACCGAACCCAGGGCCUUGCGCUUCCUAGAGUUGCCACUCCAUUUGGAGGUUUUGAGAAAGCAUCAAAAAUGGUUAAAUUCAAGGUUCCAGACUUCGAACGACUGCUGCUAACAGAUCCCAGGUUUUUGGCCUUUGCCAAUCCUCUUUCGGGCAGACGAUGCUUUAAUAGGACACCAAAGGGGUGGAUAUCUGAGAAUAUUCCUGUCGUGAUCACAACUGAGCCUGCAGAAGAUGUCACUAUGCCAGAGUCAGAUGACUUGUGAACGGGAAGCCAGGCAGGCCGCCGAGAGCUCUACACAUAAAAGCUGCCGUCGGUCUUCUUAGCGGCGAAGCCAUUUGAGUGCCUCGUCACUGUGGUCAUCCAAUUGCGGUUACACACAUUUCAUUUUGUGGCGUUCAAUUUGAACUGAACAAUUAAAUUCUGGUUUAAGAAUCUCUCAA